UGCUACGCACGUUAUAAACAAAGCAACGCUACUGUCACUGUAACAAAUAGUUCUGUUUGGGAAGAAGGAAGCAGAAAAGUUUCGUGGACUUUUUUUUUGGUGGGAGUUUUCAUCACAGGACAAUCAGAAAUAAAACCAAAAGGCUCUGCAGUUCUUUGACAUGGAAGACAUUCAGGUUGUUGAGUCCAAACCCCUGCUGGUCGACAAGGAACUACCGGGUCUGAGAGAGGCCGUGCUGCAGCUUGUUGUCAAGGAGCAUGAUGUGGAGACUCCUUUUGGAAGAGUCCACUGUACAAUGAAGGGGGUUCCCAAAGGGGACAGACCAGUGAUCCUCACCUACCAUGACAUUGGACUGAAUCACAAAACCUGCUGGGACACGCUCUUCAACCAUGAGGACAUGGCCGAGAUCAUGCAGCACUUCGCUGUGUGUCAUGUAGACGCCCCCGGGCAGCAGGAGGGAGCUAACACCUUUUCCACUGGAUAUGAGUACCCCUCCAUGGACCAGGUCGCUGAAACCCUACCAUCGGUCUUGAAGCACUUUGGGCUGAAGAGUGUUAUUGGAAUUGGUUUGGGAGCUGGGGCCUACAUUCUGACCAGAUUUGCUCUGGACUACCCCAACAUGGUCGAGGGUCUUGUUCUCAUUAACAUCAACCCAUGUGCUGAGGGAUGGAUGGACUGGGCUGCACACAAGAUCCAUGGUUGGACUCAUGCCAUGCCUGACAUGAUCAUCAGUCACCUCUUUGGAAAGGAGGAAAUCCACCACAACCAGGACCUGAUUGGAACGUACCGCCACAGCAUUGUCAACGACAUGAACCAGUUUAACCUCCACCUGUUUGUCAAGGCAUAUGAAAGUCGGAGGGAUUUGGAAAUUGAGAGGCCGAUCCCUGGAAGCAACGUCAGAACCCUCAAGUGCCCUUCUCUGCUGGUGGUUGGCGACAGCUCUCCCGCCGUGGAUGCUGUGGUUGAGUGCAACACCAAGCUGGACCCAACAAAGACCACCCUGCUGAAGAUGGCUGACUGUGGAGGCAUGCCCCAGGUUGACCAGCCUGGAAAACUGACAGAAGCUUUCAAGUACUUCAUUCAAGGCAUGGGAUACAUGCCCUCCGCCAGCAUGACCCGCCUGGCCCGCUCCCGCACCGCCUCUGGCUCCAGCAUCACAUCCUACGAGGGCAACCGCUCACGCUCCCACACCAACGAGGGCAGGCGCAGCCGCAGCCACACAACCGAAAACCAGCAGCACGCUCGCUCCCACACGGACGGCUCCAUGGACGGCACGGCUAACAGCAAUGUGGACCAAGCUGUGCCCAAGUCCACCGAAGUGUCCUGUUAAAUGAAACCUCAACUCUCCAGAUGCCCCCCUCCCCUCUGAAAAAAGCCUGUGCAGGUCCCUUCGGUUUGUGCUGCGCUGCCUCCAACUGACACACAUUCCUACGCACAAAUACACCAUCGAGAUAGGGGACGUAAAGAUGAAAACCUGGGAUUGUGAGAAUGCACAUGAAUACUCAGCUGCUGACUUUGUGGUGCAGCUUCCGAUUCCGGCUAAUGUGUCACUUGGGGCAACGCAGCAUCCGGGAAUGCCGAAGCAGAGAAUGUUGGAGAAAGCUGUGGCUAUGAGUACAUCAGCUUGUAUAUUUUAUCUCUCAUAAUCUCUCAUGCAUAUACAAAAUGUUUUAAUUUCCAUCUCUGUGUUCCCUCAUCCUCUUUGUAUCCAUUUUUGACCACAUUGACACAGCUUUCUCAAAAUGUACCUGACUGUAAAUGACUGUUUCCUUUUCUCACUGUAAUUUUGUUGAUCAUUUACUCUUUAUUUUUCAUGUUUGAAGUUUUGUCAUUUGUACGUAGGAGCAGAUUUGUAGAUGUGGAAAGGAUGGGGAGGCACUUGGAUUAACAAAACAGGCAGUUUGCCUUGUAACUUUGAAAUUUAAGGGACAGACUUCACAUGUUUCAUUCAUAUACAGAAAAUAAUGCUCUUUUAUUUUGCCAAUGUCCACGUUCCAAAACAUUCCCUGUUAUUUUAAUGAUCACCUGCUGGCCUGUGGACUUUUCAGGAAUCAAAUGAUUAUUUUUUACUACAUUCCAAUGAGACUGUAUGCUUUGUCAUAAAUCAAAACCCAUUCUGAAGCACAAAUUCAAAACCUUUUCCAUGCUAUGCUUUAUCAGUGGAUCAUGGCUUCAGACAAAACUUUAUUUCUGUGAUGAUUUCUAUGCAAUCAAGCAAAGGAACAAAGAUGUGCCAUGGAUUUGUUCACUCUGUAUACGUGACUCUCCCAUGCAGUUGUGGGUCUCAGGGUGAGCGGCGUGAUAGCUCCACAUGUUAACACAAGGCUAGCCGUAGAUCUUACCUGACACCUUCUGCUCCUGUAUUUUACUUGCACUACAGCGACUGUUUGCUUUGUAGAACACCUACACAGCUUUGUAAAGAUGCGAUUCACAAACAUCUAAUGCUGUAGAAAAGCAUUAGAAUGACAUAACAGUUUGUAUUUAUUAAAAAAUGACAAUAAAAAUUUGUAACUGA